AUGGACCACGACUCUCUCCGCUACAUCCCUCUCUGCUACGAUAGCACCGACUCGCACAAUUCUGCUCUGCGCCUCAUCCUCACCCUCAGGCCCGAAUGGGAGCAGUCACAAGACACGAUUGAAUUCGUCCGUUUCACUGAUGGAAUCACCAACACUCUCUUGAAGGCCAUCAACAAGCUGCCCGGCUGGUCCGAGGAGCAGAUCGACCGCGAGGCCGUGCUGAUGCGAGCGUAUGGCCGGGGAACAGACGUCUUAAUAGACAGGGAAAGAGAAACGCGGUCACACAACCUGCUCGCCAGGCACAACCUUGCCCCUCCACUUUUCGCUCGCUUCGAGAAUGGUCUGCUAUACAAGUUCAUUGAGGGCAGUGUUUGUGCGCCCUCUGACCUACGCCGCCAGGAAGUCUACCGUGGAGUCGCGCGGCGCCUCGCACAAUGGCACGCGACACUCCCCAUCGCGAGCAUUAUACAGGAGAUACCCCCAGCUGACCAGGAAAUGGAUGCUCGACGCAGCCAUGGACGCAAGGCAUCUUGGCUGGUAGCGAUUGACAACAUCACUCCGGACAAGCCUUCACCCAAUCUCUGGACCGUGAUGCAGAAAUGGAUCCAUGAACUGCCCCAUGACUCUGAUAUUGAGAAGAAGCGCAAGGCCAGUCUACAGUCAGAAUUGAAGUGGCUCUUGGGCCGUCUCGGCGACACGCCUGGGAUCAGCUCAAACCCUCUCGUGUUCAGCCACUGUGACCUUCUGUCCGGAAACGUGAUCGUCGAACCACAACCCUCUUCCGGCGCGUCGCCCACAUCUACCACCGAGUCCAACGCAACUGAUGCCUCCACGGAUGCCGUCGGCGUCGACUUCAUCGACUACGAAUAUGCCACGCCGGCACCUGCUGCUUUUGACAUCAGCAACCACUUUGCCGAGUGGGGUGGUUUCGACUGCGACUACAACGCUAUGCCGACGCGCUCUGAGCGCCGUGAAUUCCUCCGCGAAUACGUAUUGUCGUACAGCUCGCAUCUGCCACAGCCGCUUUCCGAAACCGAGAUGGAGCGUAGCGCAGAGCAACUUUUCCGCGAGGUCGACAGCUUCCGAGGCGUGCCCGGCUUCUAUUGGGGCAUCUGGGCGCUUAUUCAGGCCAAAAUCAGCCAAAUCGACUUUGAUUAUGCCAGCUAUGCCGAAAUCCGUCUUGGCGAAUACUGGGCCUGGAAGGACGAGCUGCUGGGUACGAGGUCAGGUGAGCUAUCGCUGAGAGAGAAGAGGUGGGCCGAGGAAUGA